CAGCUUUCCAAGGUUUGCUUUUUAAUUCCCUCGGUUUCCUGUUCCGGAGGCGCGGGUGGCGCCACGGUCUUGGCGGCUGCGGUCUUAGUCUGCCUUUGCUCUGACGGCGAGCUCGUGGCCGGAGAACCUUUAGAUACUCUGCCAGGGGCUGUGCUGGAAACAGACAUGACUGAAUCAACCCAUGUAGCCGAGGAGCUAAUCUGGUGGAGGAGUUAGACAUGGGCACACCUGACUGCAAUUUGAGGCAAUCUCUGAGCUCAUGUUCUCUGUGGAAGAUGUGACAUAUCCAGGCAGUACAUCAUGAUGCAGGGCAGUACCUGCCAUAGAAUGUCGUUCCACCCAGGACGAGGCUGUCCCCGAGGACGAGGAGGACAUGGAGCCAGACCCUCAGCCCCAGCCUUCAGGCCCCAAAAUCUGAGACUUCUUCAUCCUCAGCAGCCUCCUGUGCAAUAUCAAUACGAGCCUCCAAGUGCCCCUUCCACCACGUUCUCGAACUCUCCAGCCCCCAAUUUUCUGCCUCCACGACCAGACUUUGUCCCUUUCCCUCCACCCAUGCCUCCAUCAGCACAAGGCCCUCUUCCCCCCUGCCCAAUCCGGCCCCCUUUCCCCAACCACCAGAUGAGGCACCCCUUUCCGGUGCCUCCCUGUUUUCCUCCCAUGCCACCUCCAAUGCCCUGUCCCAACAACCCCCCAGUCCCUGGAACGCCUCCUGGACAAGGCAGUUUCCCCUUCAUGAUGCCCCCUCCCUCUGUGCCCCAUCCUCCACCCCCUCCAGUCAUGCCACAGCAGGUUAAUUAUCAGUACCCUCCGGGAUACUCACACCACAAUUUCCCACCUCCCAGUUUUAAUAGUUUCCAGAACAGCCCCAGUUCUUUCCCACCCAGUGCUAGUAACAGCAGUAGCCCUCACUUUAGGCACCUUGCUCCUUACCCGCUCCCAAAGGCUACCAGUGAGAGAAGGUCUCCAGAAAGGCUCAAACAUUAUGACGAUCACAGGCACCGAGAUCACAGUCAUGGGCGAGGCGAGAAGCGCCGGUCCUUGGAUCGGCGGGAGCGAGGUCGCAGUCCCAACAGGAGAAGGCAAGACAGUCGCUACAGAUCCGAUUACGAACGUGGGAGAACGCCCUCUCGCCACCGCAGCUAUGAGCGGAGCAGAGAGCGGGAACGGGAGAGACACAGGCAUCGAGACAACCGAAGAUCACCCUCUCUGGAAAGGUCCUACAAAAAAGAGUAUAAGAGAUCUGGAAGUCGCUCCCCAAGUAGGGAGAAGAAGCGAGCUCGUUGGGAGGAAGAAAAAGACAGGUGGAGUGACAACCAGAGCUCCGGCAAAGAGAAAAACUAUACCUCCAUCAAGGAAAAGGAGCCGGAGGAGACGCUGACUGACAAAAAUGAGGAGGAGGAAGAAGAACUACUGAAGCCCGUGUGGAUCCGAUGUACCCAUUCAGAAAACUACUAUUCCAGUGACCCCAUGGAUCAGGUGGGAGAUUCUACUGUAGUUGGAACAAGUAGACUUCGUGACUUGUAUGACAAAUUUGAAGAAGAGUUAGGGAGCAGGCAAGAGAAGGCUAAGGCCGCUAGACCUCCGUGGGAACCUCCGAAAACGAAGCUGGACGAGGAUUUAGAGAGUUCCAGUGAGUCCGAAUGUGAGUCCGAUGAAGACAGCACCUGUUCUAGCAGCUCAGAUUCUGAAGUUUUUGACGUUAUUGCAGAAAUCAAACGCAAAAAGGCUCAUCCUGACCGACUUCACGAUGAACUUUGGUACAAUGACCCAGGCCAGAUGAAUGACGGGCCACUCUGCAAAUGCAGCGCAAAAGCGAGACGCACAGGAAUUAGGCACAGCAUUUAUCCCGGAGAAGAGAACAUCAAGCCUUGUCGUCCGAUGACCAACAAUGCUGGCAGACUUUUCCACUAUCGGAUUACGGUUUCCCCCCCUACAAACUUUUUAACUGACAGGCCAACCGUUAUAGAAUAUGAUGAUCAUGAGUAUAUCUUCGAAGGAUUUUCUAUGUUUGCACAUGCCCCCCUGACCAAUAUUCCAUUGUGUAAAGUUAUUAGAUUCAACAUAGACUACACAAUUCAUUUCAUUGAAGAGAUGAUGCCUGAGAAUUUUUGUGUAAAAGGGCUUGAACUCUUUUCAUUGUUCCUAUUCAGAGAUAUUUUGGAAUUAUACGACUGGAAUCUUAAAGGUCCUUUGUUUGAAGACAGUCCUCCUUGCUGCCCAAGAUUUCAUUUCAUGCCACGUUUUGUAAGAUUUCUUCCAGAUGGAGGAAAGGAAGUUCUGUCCAUGCACCAGAUCCUCCUCUACUUACUCCGGUGUAGCAAAGCACUGGUCCCUGAGGAGGAGAUUGCCAAUAUGCUGCAGUGGGAAGAACUUGAGUGGCAGAAAUAUGCCGAGGAAUGCAAAGGCAUGAUCGUGACCAACCCUGGGACGAAACCAAGUUCUGUCCGCAUUGAUCAACUGGAUCGUGAACAGUUCAACCCUGAUGUGAUUACUUUCCCAAUUAUUGUCCACUUUGGGAUACGCCCUGCACAGUUGAGUUAUGCAGGAGACCCACAGUAUCAGAAACUGUGGAAGAGUUAUGUGAAACUUCGCCACCUCCUAGCAAAUAGUCCCAAAGUCAAACAAACUGACAAGCAAAAGCUGGCACAGAGGGAGGAAGCACUCCAAAAAAUACGACAGAAGAAUACAAUGAGGCGGGAGGUAACCGUGGAGCUAAGUAGCCAGGGAUUCUGGAAAACCGGCAUCCGUUCUGAUGUCUGCCAGCAUGCCAUGAUGCUGCCUGUUUUGACCCAUCAUAUCCGCUACCACCAAUGCCUAAUGCAUCUGGACAAGCUGAUAGGAUAUACUUUCCAAGAUCGUUGUCUGUUACAGUUGGCCAUGACUCAUCCAAGCCAUCAUUUAAAUUUUGGAAUGAAUCCUGAUCACGCCAGGAAUUCUUUAUCUAACUGUGGAAUUCGGCAGCCCAAAUACGGAGACAGAAAAGUUCAUCACAUGCACAUGCGUAAGAAAGGAAUUAACACCUUAAUAAAUAUUAUGUCACGCCUUGGACAAGAUGACCCAACUCCUUCAAGGAUUAAUCACAAUGAAAGACUGGAGUUCCUGGGUGAUGCUGUGGUUGAAUUUCUGACCAGUGUCCAUUUGUACUAUUUGUUUCCUAGUCUGGAAGAAGGAGGAUUAGCAACCUACCGGACUGCCAUUGUUCAGAAUCAGCACCUUGCCAUGCUAGCAAAGAAACUUGAACUGGAUCGAUUUAUGCUAUACGCUCAUGGGCCUGACCUUUGUAGAGAAUCGGACCUUCGACAUGCAAUGGCUAAUUGUUUUGAAGCAUUAAUAGGAGCUGUUUACUUGGAGGGAAGCCUGGAGGAAGCCAAGCAGCUAUUUGGACGCUUACUCUUUAAUGAUCCGGACCUGCGCGAAGUCUGGCUCAAUUAUCCUCUCCACCCACUCCAACUACAAGAACCAAAUACUGAUCGACAACUUAUUGAGACUUCUCCAGUUCUGCAGAAACUUACUGAGUUCGAAGAAGCAAUUGGAGUGAUUUUUACUCAUGUUCGACUUCUGGCAAGGGCAUUCACUUUGAGGACUGUGGGAUUUAACCAUCUGACCUUAGGCCACAACCAGAGGAUGGAAUUCCUAGGUGACUCCAUAAUGCAGCUGGUAGCCACAGAGUACUUAUUUAUUCAUUUCCCAGAUCAUCAUGAAGGACACUUAACUUUGUUGCGAAGCUCUUUGGUGAAUAACAGGACUCAAGCCAAGGUAGCAGAGGAGCUGGGCAUGCAGGAAUAUGCCAUAACGAACGACAAGACCAAGAGACCCGUGGCCCUUCGGACCAAGACCUUGGCGGACCUCUUGGAAUCGUUUAUUGCAGCAUUGUACAUUGAUAAGGAUUUGGAAUAUGUUCAUACUUUCAUGAAUGUCUGCUUCUUUCCACGAUUAAAAGAGUUCAUUUUGAAUCAGGAUUGGAAUGACCCCAAAUCCCAGCUGCAGCAGUGUUGCCUGACACUGAGGACAGAAGGCAAAGAGCCAGAUAUUCCUCUGUACAAGACUCUGCAGACCGUGGGCCCGUCCCAUGCUAGAACUUACACUGUGGCUGUGUAUUUCAAGGGAGAAAGAAUAGGCUGUGGGAAAGGACCAAGCAUUCAGCAAGCAGAAAUGGGAGCUGCAAUGGAUGCACUUGAAAAAUAUAACUUUCCCCAGAUGGCCCAUCAGAAGCGGUUCAUUGAACGGAAAUACAGACAGGAGUUGAAGGAGAUGAGGUGGGAAAGAGAGCAUCAAGAGAGAGAGCCUGAUGAGACCGAGGACAUGAAGAAGUGAAGGUGGGCGCGGAAGUGCUGGCGGAUCGACUCGCUAAGAAACUGACUGCUGCCCCUGGAGGCCCCGCCUCGUUUCCUCCAGGCACUGAGUGAAGUGUGCCCACUGAAAUAAAACACACAGUCAGAUCGCUGCUGUGGUUUUAGUGAUCGGAUAUUGUUUGUAGCAGGAUGAUCUUUAGUACAAAGCGUUUGGUUUCCAGUUAAUGAACACUUCACUCAGGUAGAUGUGCGUGAUUCCCUUUUAUUUUGCCCUUUGAACAAUAAAAUUCAAGAGAUCAUCUUCUAUGUGGAAUAGAUACCAUUUUUCUCUCCGUCUCAGAUGGUGACCCCAGACUGUCAGCUGACAAGUGAAAAAGUCACUUGACCAGAUAUUUUUACUUCACUCCAAUAUCUCUGUUUUUUGAAAUCUCUGGAUUACGAAGUGAAUGUUUUGGCUUUCAUCUCAAUGUUUAUCAAGUUGUCAGCUGCAAAUUACUGAAUUUUCCCCACCCUAAGCAGUGAAUUCUUUGUAGAAGGUAUCUAUUUAAUGUUUAACUAGGUGGGGGGACAGACAGAAAUUUGAGUCAUGUACAUUUUUUGAAUUAUUAGAAUAGGAGAGAAAUCAUGAUUCUAAAUCAGGCCACAUUUUAAACCAAGUGCUCUCACUCUGGAGAGAGUGAACCUUUCCAAAAGUUUAUAGACAGACUUCAGAGAAGUCUCAACCUCCAAAAUUGUAUUUCAUUUCAUGUGUGUGUGUGUGUGUGGGCUUGGGAGGGGGUACGGAACAGUGGGAGGAGGGUUCAUCAGCUUCUCCAAGUGGUCUCUAAAGUAAAGGACUAACAUUACAUCGAAAGACACGACUUUAAAAGAAAUGUUAUUUUAAACUGAACAUGACUGGUUUCUUAUUAAUAAAUGCAAAACUUGUUUGUAA